AUGGGCAAUCUAAAAAGAGGCAAUGCCUCUGAAGUAACCGAAUUCAUCCUUGUUGGAUUUUCCAGACAGCCUCAAAUCCAGGCUGCCUUCUUCUUAGGACUGUUGCUUCUCUACCUCAUCACAAUGUUUGGAAACAGUCUUAUUGUUGUUGUAGUGAGGUGGGAUUCUCAACUUCACGUCCCUAUGUAUUUUUUUCUCAGCAACUUAUCCUUCCUUGAUAUCUGUUACUCCACCAGCUGGGAACCAUAUGUCUUGGCCCAGUGCUUCAGGGACUUCCCUACCAUUUCCUAUACCAGUUGUUAUGCCCAGAUGACCACAUGCCUCUUUCUUGGGAUAACAGAGUGCCUCCUCCUUGCUGUCAUGGCUUAUGACAGGUUUGUUGCUAUCUCCAAUCCCUUGCGUUACACCAUCAUUAUGAACAAUAAGGUCUGCAUACAUUUGGCCUUGGGAACCUGGACCAGUGCCUUCUUAGUAGCUCUUAUACCAAUCAUUGCAAUUCCUGCUCAUUACUGUGGACAUAAUGUCAUCAACCAUUUUAUCUGUGAGGUCCAGGCCCUGCUGAAGCUCAUCUGCUCAGACACCCCUGUUAGUCUGCUGCUGGGUCUGGUUAUCAGUGUGUUCACACUACCCUUGCCUUUCACCUUCAUCCUCAUUUCCUACGUUCGUAUUGCAGUGGCUGUCUUAAGGAUUCAUUCUCUGGAGGCCAGGUUCAAAGCUUUCUCCACCUGUGGAUCUCAUCUGACUGUGGUCACAAUAUUUUAUGGGACAGCCAUCUACAUGUACCUGAAACCUCAUUCAAAAAAAUCUCAGGAAGAGGACAAAGUCUUUUCAAUCUUUUAUGGAGCCAUUACUCCCAUGUUAAACCCCCUCAUUUAUACUCUGAGAAACAAGGAUGUGAAAAGUGCGCUUAGGAGGUUAGUCAAAGGAAAUGAAAGGUUCUAA